CCGCCCCUCGGGUAAGAUGGCUGAGUCCGGCAGCGGCGAGUUCCCAGCCGAGCGGCGGAACAGCAUGGCUGCGAAGAGCAGUGCCCUGCGCCACACCUUCUCAGCCCCAGGGCACAGUGCCAGCCUCCUGCAGGGCCUGUCGGCACUCCGAGCCCAUGAGCAGCUCCUGGACGUGGUGCUAAUGGUGAACACGGUGAUAUUCCGGGUACACCGCGCAGUGUUGGCCGCCUGCAGUGACUAUUUCCGGGCGAUGUUCACAGGGGGAAUGCGGGAAGCGGGCCAGGAUGUCAUUGAGUUGAAAGGGGUGUCUGCCAGGGGUCUGAAACACAUCAUUGAUUUUGCAUACAGUGCUGAGGUGACAUUGGACCUUGACUGCAUACAAGACGUGCUAGGAGCUGCUGUCUUCCUGCAGAUUGUGCCUGUGGUUGAAUUGUGCGAGCAGUUCCUAAAGUCGGCCAUGAGUGUGGAGACUUGCCUCAACAUUGGCCAGAUGGCCACCACUUUCAGCCUCUCCUCCCUGAAAGAGUCAGUGGAUGCCUUUACCUUUGCCCAUUUCUUACAAAUUGCAGAGGAGGAGGAUUUCCUGCACCUUCCCCUCGAGCGACUUGUCUUCUUCCUGGAAAGCAACAAGCUGAAGAACUGCAGUGAGGUUGACCUGUUCCACGCUGCCAUCAGGUGGUUGCAGUAUGAUGAGACGCGACAAGCUAGUGCCAGCCAUGUCCUCUGCCACAUUCGAUUCCCUCUGAUGAAGUCCACUGAGCUGGUGGACAGCGUCCAGACGCAGAGCUUAAUGCUAGAUGAUCCCAUGUGUCGCCAAUACCUGUUGGAAGCCUUUAAUUACCAAAUUCUGCCAUUCCGACAACAUGAAAUGCAGUCCACCCGAACUAUGAUCCGCUCAGACACCCUCUCCCUCGUUGCCUUCGGUGGCACUCCGUACACUGACAACGACAGGACAGUCAGCCGCAAAGUCUUUGUUCUUGCAGAUGGGAAUGCCCGUCAGUUCACGGAGCGGCCGGAGAUGGAGUUCGGGUGCAGUCACGCCUGUGUAGCUGUCUUGGACAAUUUUGUGUAUGUAGUGGGAGGUCAGCACUUGCAGUACCGGAGCGGCGAAGGGGCAGUGAGCUGGUGUUUCCGCUAUGACCCCCAUCUCAGUCAUUGGCUGCGCAUUUGUGCCAUGCAGGAGGCACGCAUUCAGUUCCAGCUGGAUGUGCUGCAGGGGAUGCUGUUCGCCACUGGAGGCCGUAAUCGGUCUGGGAGCCUCUCCACAGUUGAGCGUUAUUCCCCACGACGGAACGAAUGGACCAAUGUGUGUUGCUUGAAACGGCGGACAUGGGGACAUGCAGGCACAUCCAGUGGGGGCAAGCUCUACAUCUCUGGAGGCUAUGGUAUUACCAUCGAAGAUAAGAAAUCUCUUCACUGUUAUAGUCCCGAAACAGACCUCUGGGAACAAAAGACUCCAAUGAAUGAGCCACGGGUCCUUCACUCAAUGGUUGGGGCAAAUGGGAGGAUCUAUGCAUUAGGUGGCCGGAUGGACCAUGUUGACCACUGCUUUGAUGUCCUGGCUGUUGAAUAUUACAUCCCUGAGACUGACCAGUGGACCAGUGUCAGUCCAAUGAGGACAGGCCAGUCUGAAGCAGGUUGCUGUGUAUUACAGAGAAAGAUCUAUGUGGUGGGAGGUUAUAAUUGGCACUUAAACAAUGUGACCAGUGUUGUGCAGGUUUAUAACAUUGGCACGGAUGAGUGGGAGAGGGACCUGCAUUUCCCCGAAUCCUUUGCAGGGAUUGCCUGUGCUCCUGUAAUCCUUCCACAGCUUUCGGCACAGAGAUAGUGAUGACAAUGCUCCUGGAUAAAUUAAGCAGCUGGAAUGGAGACUGGGAGGGAGCCUGAUGGAUCUGAUGACAUCACCAGACCUACUUGUCCAUAAUUGUAAAGAAUCCGUUCAAAGCCAGUUUUACCCAGGAGCUCUCACUGCUCAGCAACCUAGCCACUUUGCAACCAGAGCCUUUGAUUGGUUUCGGGAAUGAAAAGGCGGCUGACUGCUGUACCAAGCUGGCCUUCACUACUUUGCUUUGCACCAUACAUGGGCUCAAUAUUUCCAUGGUGCUCCAUUCACUGUAGUAAGUUCCUAUUUAGCUGCUACUUGAAUCAAAAAAUCCAAGAAGCCAAUGGAUCUGGAAGGAUGUGAUUGCAGCCUGUGAAUGUGUAGCAAAGCAAAUCAAAAUGCGAGUUGAUCGCACUGCAGCCCUUGUUGCCUUGUGUCUCACACUACAGCUUAUGUUGCCCCACGACUCUUGCAUGCCAGCCCGUGUUGUCUUCCCAUCCUCUACUUCCCAGCCAAAUUGAUUUUUAAAUCAUUGAAUGAUUAUCAGGUUUUGAUGCAAGUCUCUUGAAAGCACUCUAAUGCACAGAAGAACAAAUUGGAAUCCUUCAGAAAUCUGGAACUUGUUCAAAAUUCAUGGAAUUCUGCUGCAACUGAGACCUCUUUCCACAAAUUAAUCAAACUAUGAUUAUGACAUCUGGAAAUGAAGUGUGGAAUCUAUUUUAAAAUGCAUUGAAUGUUCAACACUAAUAUAAUAUUUGAGAAUU